CAGGGCGUGUGCCGCCGGAGCAGGAGAUGCGCGGGGAUCGGUGCAUGAAGCGGAGACAAACGAUGGCGUUGGACCAAGAUGUUCUGCGCACCUGUUUUCAUAGGAUGGACAUACAUUUGCCGCAUUCAAAUGCGUAUGUGUAGGCUGCAUGUGAAUGUGCGUAUUUCAUUGAAUCCUUCCUCGCAUUCAUAUAUAGGCUAACAUAGCAGAAUAUUAAAGACGUAGGCUACAGGCUUUUUCAUAGAAAUGAUGAAGAGAAAUAGCCUACUGCGACCGCGAUCCAUGUCGAUUGGCAAGAAAUCAGAGGCGGUGAAGGUGGUGGUGCGUUGCCGCCCUUUAAACAAGAAGGAAGAGGCAACGAAUCAAGAAAGAAUUGUUGAAGUAGAUGUCAGAUUGGGACAGGUGAGCGUGCGUAAUCCCAAAUCAUCCGGAAGCCUCUUAAAAACAUUCACGUUUGAUGCCGUCUAUGAUGUGGGUUCGAAACAAAACGAGCUAUAUGACUAUGCAUGCAAACCUCUUAUUGACUCUGUUUUGCACGGGUUCAACGGAACUAUAUUUGCUUAUGGGCAAACUGGCACUGGCAAAACAUAUACAAUGGAAGGUGUGCCCACAGACCCCGAAAGGAAGGGCGUCAUCCCAAAUUCAUUUCAGCACAUUUUCACUCACAUAUCCAGGUCUCAGAACCAACAGUAUCUCGUGAGAGUGUCUUACAUUGAAAUAUAUCAAGAAGAGAUACGAGACCUUCUCUGCAAGGACAACAACAAAAAACUGGAGCUCAAGGAAAAUCCUGAGUUGGGGGUUUAUGUCAAAGAUCUCUCAUCUGUGGUGACUAAGAACAUAAAGGAGAUUGAGCAUGUCAUGAACUUGGGGAACCAAUCAAGAUCUGUCGGAUUUACCAAAAUGAAUGAGCGUAGCUCAAGAUCUCAUGCGAUUUUUGUCAUAACUGUUGAAUGCAGUGAAAUGGGAAUUGAUGGUGAAGACCACAUUCGCGUUGGAAAAUUAAACAUGGUGGAUCUGGCCGGCAGUGAGCGGCAAAGCAAAACAGGCGUCCAGGGACAGAGGUUUAAAGAGUCUGCGAAAAUAAACUUGUCACUUUCCGCUCUUGGAAAUGUUAUCUCGGCUUUGGUGGAUGGGAAGAGUACCCACGUACCCUACCGGGAUUCCAAACUCACCCGGCUGUUACAGGACUCCCUCGGAGGCAACUCAAAAACCGUUAUGGUGGCCACCAUUGGACCAGCUUCGUGCCACUACGAUGAGACGGUCACCACACUGAGGUACGCCAACAGAGCGAAGAACAUCAGGAACAAGCCAAAGAUCAACGAGGACCCCAAAGACGCCCUGCUCCGCGAGUUCCAAGAGGAAAUAGCCCGGCUGAAGGCGCAACUCGAGGAACGAGGGAUGCUGGCAAAAGAAAGGAGGAGACGGAGGAGAAACAGUAUGAGGAUGAAGAGGAGCAUGAGCAGCGGAGAAGUGGAAACUCCAAGGGAUGGAGAGGUGGGGGUCGUCGAGACCGUUCAGGAGGAGAGUGUGGAGGACUAUUGGUGGAAGCAGCAGAUGGCCAAGACCUCUGCCAAUUACAAGCCUGAUAUUAGCAGGAAACUUGGCACCGUAGACGAGAAAGCUAAGACUGUGGAAGAGUUGCUGAAGGAGCAACAAUCUAUGGAAAAUUUGAUUGAAAAAUACAAGGCUAUGGAAAGUAAGCUUCUGGUUGGAGGGAAAAACAUCAUUGACCACACCAAUGAACAGCAGAAAAUGCUGGAACUGAAGAGGCAGGAGAUUGCUGAGCAGGAUAGAAUGGAACGAGAGAUGCAGCAACUGAUGUUCGAACAGGAUGAAGAGACGAUUGAACUGAAAGAGACGUUUACCACUCUACAGCAAGAGGUGGAAUUUAAGACCAAGAAACUUAAAAAGUUUUACAGCAAGCUGCAGCUGGUGAGGUCUGAGAUUGGAGAUAUCAUCAAUGAACAUGUCACAAUGAGGCAGGAACUGGAGCAGACAAUGAAUGAGCUGACAAGAGAGAUGAAAUUCAAAAACCUGAUUAUUGAGAACUUCAUUCCUCCAGAAGAAAAGAAUAAGAUAAUAAAUCGUCUCCACUUCGACAGCGAGGAAGACCAGUGGAAAGUCUUACCUCUCCUUCCUUCCAAAAAUAACUCCCCUCUCGUCCGACGAAGGCCAACUUCUGUAGUGGGACACAAGAGACCAAUUAGUCAAUAUGCUCAAGCUGUUGUGUCAACCGGGUCUCCUUGUAGAUACAGGGCUGAGAACAUUAUGCUUCUGGAGCUGGACAUUUCUCCACCCACCAUGGUGCCCCUGGACCUUCAGAGGUCAGAUAUACGGACCCAAGACUUGAUACGUGACUUUGGCCUUUAUAGAAAGCGGGCGACCGCAUCCCGGGUCAUGAAAGCCAGAUCGUGGUACCAAGGGCCAAGUCAGUCUGCUUCUUCAUCAGCCAGCUCUAUGGCCUCUGGGCCCCAAUGCCCAGCCUCAAUGGGGGCUUGUGCGGCAGCCUACCAGCCAUGAGCCUGUACAGUGUGUUACGCCUGCAAGCAUAAAAGCAUAGAAAGCACUUAAUUAUUCUUUGCACUGUUUUCAUGAGCUUUAAGCGAUGCCAUUUGUCUUUUUCAUCAUCUUGAUUUUUUAGCAUCAAAGCUUAGUCAUUUUAAGCACAAUUGUCUCCUGUAUACUUGAAAAAGCUAGUGUAUCCUGUUUGAGCUUGUGAUGUCAUUCUUGAACAGCAAUGCAAACAAUAAAUAGACCAUAAACAAAUAA